AUGCGCUCAACUCUCGCUCUUAUGUCUAGCUUGGCCGCGGUCGCGCGAGCUGCUACUUCAGUCACCGGAAAUGCAGAGGGCUUUGCUGCUGGCGUCACUGGCGGUGGAGAUGCCACUGCCGUCUACCCUACCACAACUGACGAGCUAGUCUCCUACCUCACCGACAGCUCUGCUCGAGUGAUUGUUCUUCAACAGACCUUUGACUUUACCGACACCGAAGGCACAACGACCGCCACAGGCUGUGCUCCUUGGGGCACUGACGAUGCUUGUCAGGUCGCCAUCAACAAAGAUGACUGGUGUACCAACUAUCAGUCUGACGCUGCCAGUGUCUCUGUCACUUAUGACAAUGCCGGUCUCAACCCGAUCUUGGUUGCUUCAGACAAGACCCUCAUCGGCGAUGGCUCGUCGGGUACCAUCAAGGGCAAGGGUCUUUAUCUCAAGAACGAUGUGUCAAACAUCAUCAUCCAAAACAUCCGUAUCACGGACCUCAACCCCAAGUAUGUCUGGGGAGGUGAUGCUAUCACCCUCGACGGCACCGAUUUGGUGUGGAUCGACCACGUAACCACAGACGAGAUCGGCAGGCAGCACAUAGUUCUCGGCUCCGAGGCGUCUGGCCGUGUCACCAUCUCCAACUCCAACAUCGACGGCGAAGCAACAUACUCUGCUACGUGCGAUGGGUACCACUACUGGAACAUGUACUUUACUGGUUCCAGUGACCAGAUCACCCUGAAGGACAACUAUAUCCACCACUUCAGCGGCCGUGCUCCCAAGGUCUCGGGCAACACUGUUCUCCAUGCCUUUUACGAGUCCAGCGGCCACGCCUUCGAGGCUGGAAGCGGCGCCUACAUCCUCGCCGAGGGCAACGUCUUCAGCGGUGUAUCUACCGUCUACGAAGAGAGCUCUUACGACGUUGUAUACGCCGUCAACGACGCCACGGGCGAGUCUGCCUGUUCCUCCUACAUCGGCCGCGACUGUGUUGCAAACAGUUUCACCAACUCGGGCAGCUUUGACUUGUCUGAUGAGACCGCGUUGGAGCAGUUCAGCUCUCUUUCCAACAUUGCCUCGGCAGUCUCUGUCUCUGAUGUGACCGGGCUAGCUACCUCGGCUGGUUAUGGUACCAUCUAA